GGAGGAGGAGAGGGGGGGUAAUCCUACCUCUGCGCACCAAGCCGAUAGAGAAAAAGGGGAGAGAGAGUCGACUGCACCCUCUCUACCUGGUAGCUCCCCGACCCCGGGCAGCAUGAACCUCGAGGCUGGCCUACACGGGCUGCACCAGGGGAGCUCGGACGUCUAGUGGAUGGGCUAGAUCGGUCAGCACGCUGCAGAGCUCAAAGGGGGGCUUUCUGCUGAGGCCUGCCUCUCGGUGCCUCCUUAACACUUUUAGUCGUUUAAGUGUAAGCCCCCCUACUUAUUCUUCUGGUUGUUUUUUUUCUUCUCCCGGCGUUGUUUUUUAUUUUUUAUUUUCAUGUCAAGUCAAGAGGCAAUCAUGUCUGGUUGCGACUGAGUGGAACAGGUUCCUGUAAACCCGGGCAGUUUCCCACUCCCUGCAUAGUAGCACAUGGAUUUCAAGACUUCAAAUGAAGAGUUUGAUUCCCUGCAGACAAAGACUGGGAUUUAUUUGCUGCAAGAAUGUAAUGAAGAGCCGUUCAACAUUCGACUGCACUUGGCCAGAGACAUUCUGACGAUCCAGGAGCAAGAUGUCAUCUGCGUGUCCGGAGAUCCCUUCUACUCCAGUGAGAGGACUGUGACCAUACGCAGACAGGCGAUCGGAGGGUUUGGCCUGAGCAUCAAGGGUGGGGCAGAGCAUAAGAUCCCAGUUGUGAUAUCCAAAAUAUCGAAAGAGCAAAAAGCUGAACUCUCCGGCCUCCUCUUCAUCGGCGAUGGCAUUCUGCAGAUAAACGGAAUCAACGUCAGAAGCUACCGCCACGAGGAAGUGGUCCAGGUUUUGAGAAAUGCCGGCGAAGAGGUGACACUCACUGUCUCCUUCCUCAAGAAGACCCCGGCCUUUCUCAAAUUGCCCCUCUGUGAAGAUUGCACAUGUAUUCCCAGUGACCAGAGCAGUGGCACAUCCUCCCCUCUCUGCGACAGCGGCCUUCAUCUAAACUACCAUCCCAACAACACGGACACUCUGUCGUGCUCCUCCUGGCCAACGUCACCGGGGCUCCGAUGGGAGAAGAGGUGGGUGGACCUCCGUCUCAUCCCGCUGCUCCACUCCCGUCUGUCGCACCACCUCCCGGGCUCCGACGUCUGCAGGAAAAAUGCCUUUCAAGUGAUAGCGGUGGACGGGGUCUGCAGCGGGGUCAUUCAGUGUCCUACAACCGAGGACGGCGUGGACUGGCUCCAAGCCCUCGCAAACAGUAUCUCCAACCUCACCAAGCACAAUGUGAAGAAGACUAACCGCAAUUUCCCCGUCAACCAACAGAUCGUCUACAUGGGCUGGGUGGAUGAGAAGGAGCUCGACUCGGUUCAGGAUCGAAUGUACACGCCUAAGUUCCUAGCCUUGAGGGGAUCCUCGCUCUUCAAGUUCUCUGCUCCUCCGGUUACAACAUGGGACUGGACACGAGCCGAGAAGAGCUUCACUGUGUAUGAAAUCAUGUGCAAGGUUUUAAAGGAUAACGACCUUCUGGACAAGAGGAAGCACUGCUUCAGCGUUCAGACGGAGAGCGGAGAGGACCUGUUUUACAGCGUCGAGCUGGAGUGUGAACUGCUCACCUGGGAGAAGGCUUUUCAGAUGGCCACAUUCCUGGAGGUGGAGAGAAUACAGUGUAAAACAUACGCCUGCAUCAUGGAGAGCCACCUCAUGGGCCUCACCGUGGACUUCAGCAUGGGCUUCGUCUGCUUCGACGCUGCCUCCAAGGCAGUGCUCUGGAGGUACAAGUUCUCCCAGCUCAAAGGCUCGUCCGACGACGGCAAAAGCAAGAUCAAGUUCCUGUUCCAAAACCAAGACUCGAAAGCUAUCGAAGCCAAGGAGCUGGAAUUCUCAAACCUCUUCGCCGUGCUCCACUGCAUCCACGCCUUCUUCGCGGCCAAGGUGGCGUGCCUGGACCCCAUGUUCGUGGAGAGCCACGCCACGGCGGCGAUGGGCUCCGGCCUCUCCUCGCUCGCCACCAUCUCCUGUAACUCGCAGCAGUCGUCCAAACUCAAGUACGCCACUUGACAGGCGGCACCGCAGCCUCCUACCCCCUCUAUCUACCCGUCCACCCCUGCUUUCUAAGACACUGCACUUAUUCCCCCCCCCCCCCUCCCACGGACAUGAGGGGAAUGAGACGGCCCGCUCUAUGGUGACGGGGGAAAUAUACCGAUGAAUUAUAUAUCUCAUAGUGGAGUUAUUUUAAUGAGAGACUUUAUCCUCUCUGGAUAUAAAAUGACACUCUUUCCUCUCGAGAGAACACUUCCUGCGGCUGGAGUUUCCUCGCGGACCUACGCAUCAAAGUGGACGCUGAAUAACUGUGUGUCUCGCACUGGGAAGUGUGAUUUUUCUAUGUUUCUCCAUCCUGCUUUUUAUCACUGUGUUCCCCCGGUGGAGAUGUGUCUCUAUCUAUGGUUUCACUGCUUGUAUGCUUGUAGAUGAAAUAUGUAGCUUUACAUACUUGCCAGACUAAAUUAAUUGAAUGUUUGUUCUUGGAAUCACAUUGUGAAAUGCAGGUAUUAUAAUGUGUUCUCUUUGUGUUGCGUUUGUUGCUUCCAGCGAAAUCAAAAAGCUAAUUUUCUUAUGCAACAUCCUUUUAAAUUUAUAGAAAGUCUAUAUAGAAACAAUUAAAUUAGAGGUUCAGUAUUUAGAUGCCAAAAUCAAUCGCUUCUUUCUCGUUCAAAACAACAAUUCAUCUAAAUAAUGACCACAAUGUUCUGACUUGGUUUUCAAUUAGACUUGUUUCCAAUUGGUUGUUUAUCAAGGGCGUGUAAGCUUACAAUGAAGAACUUUUAACUAUGAUUUCACACUCAAAUGAACAUCAAAGUUAAAUUCUAUCCCAUUCAUCAUC